UCAAACCACCUGGGUUCAUUCCUACAGCCUGGCGAAUCUACACUGCGGGUGCAGCUACACCACUAAAGGAACAGCGAUGUGCUCUUAAGACAACUCAGUUCUCUUAUUUCCCGACUAGCUCGAGCGAGACUUUAUUGAUGUAGUUUCUGUAAAACUAUGGAGAAGACUUAUUCUCUGACAGCUCAUUACGACGAGUUUCAGGAAGUUAAGUACGUUAAUAAAUUUAGCUCAGGGACUCUGCACAAUGGUCUAAACCUGCACCUCAGUUCUCGGAAGAAUGACAAGAACGGCAAAAGUAGAAAGCGUGACUCAAGAUGGAGCAGGCGGGAAAUCUGUCUGCUUUCGGGUUUAGUCUUUGCCACCGGGCUCUGCAUCAUACUGGCGAGCAUGCUGGUUCUCAAGUACAUCGCGACUGGACAAGACAACCUCUGUCGGGAGGACUGUAUCCGCAAGAAGUCCUUCACUAGAGCGGCCAGGCUGAUUGCGAGUAAUAUCGACCCCACCAUUGACCCCUGCAAAGACUUUUACACUUUCUCGUGCGGAGGGUGGCUGAGGAGACACGGAAUUCCCGAGGAUAAACUCAGUUACGGGACGGUCACUACCAUUAUCGAGCAGAACGAAGUAAAACUUCAACGGCUCCUACUGCAGCCGGUGAAAAGACAUUACAGGCGGUCUGCCGAGAGGAAGGUCAAGCAGUUUUACAAGUCUUGCAUCAACCUGAGGGAGAUAGACCGGCUCGGAGCUAAACCUAUGUUGGAGAUUAUUGAAGACUGCGGGGGCUGGGAUGUCAUUGGGACUUGGAACAGCGCGGAGUGGAAUUUUGGCGAACUUUUGUAUAAAUCUCAAGGAGUGUACAGCACAGCGGCUUUCUUCUCUUUGAGCGUGAACGUGGAUGAUAAAAAUUCUUCACGGAAUGUGAUCAGAAUUGACCAAGAUCGACUCACACUGCCAGAGCGUACUCUUUACUUUGGGGAGGAUGAAGAAAGUGAAAAGAUUUUAAUUGCAUAUAAAGAACUAAUGGAGAAAUUAGUAAACCUUCUUGGAGGUGAAAAUGCCAAAAAGAAAACAGAAGAGAUACUACAGUUGGAGAUACAAUUGGCAAAUAUAACAAUCUCUGAGUCUGAUUCUGUAAGAAGAGACAUCAAUACCAUGUACAACAAAAUCACUUUAAGAGAGUUACAGCGCAUUGCACCAACUAUUCAGUGGAGACAUUUACUACACAGAAUAUUUCAUGAUAAUUUUUCAGAGGAUGAAGAAAUCGUAGUGCUUGCCACUGAUUACAUGCAGAAAGUUUCAGAACUCAUAUCGAAGACUUCUCCAAGGGUUCUGCAUAAUUAUAUGAUGUGGCGCAUUGUAGUUACUCUGAGUGAACACCUAUCCACGCCAUUCAGAGACGCAAUUCAUGACUUCUCUAAAGAGUUGGAUGGCACAGAGAAAAAGAUUGAUCUUGGGAGAAUGUGCUUAAACGAAGCCAAUAAGCAGUUUGGUAUGGCUCUGGGAGCCCUUUUUGUUGAAGAAUACUUUUCAUCUUCCAGCAAAAUAAAAGUACAACAACUGGCUGAAGACAUUAAACAUGCAUUUGAUCAUCGACUAGAUGAAUUAGAUUGGAUGGAUGAAGAGACAAAGGAAGCAGCAAGAGCAAAGCUUCGAUAUAUGAUGGUCAUGGUUGGCUAUCCAGACUUUCUACUAAUUACUAAUGCUGUUGACAAUGAAUAUGGAUUUGAAGUCCAUGAGAAAACAUAUUUUAAGAAUGUGAUUAACAGCAUAAGGUACAACAUUAAACUCUCAGUAAGAAAAAUACGCCAACAAGUGGACAAGACUGCAUGGCUGCUUCCUCCUCAAACUCUAAAUGCUUAUUACUUGUCUACACAAAAUCAAAUGGUAUUUCCUGCUGGAAUCUUACAGCCUCCACUUUAUGAUCCUGAAUUUCCUCAAUCUCUAAAUUUUGGAGGUAUUGGAACUAUUAUAGGACAUGAGCUAACCCAUGGUUAUGAUGACUGGGGAAGUCAUUAUGAUAAAUAUGGCAAUCUGAAAAAAUGGUGGACUGAAGAAUCCUACAAUAAAUUUAUAAAGCGAGCCCUUUGCAUUGCAAGUCUAUAUGAAAACUUUACUGUUUACGAUCAAAGGGUCAAUGGCCAACUCACACUCGGAGAAAACAUUGCUGAUAUGGGAGGACUUAAACUUGCCUACUACGCAUAUCAGAAAUGGAUUCGGGAUCAUGGUCCUGAACGUCCCCUUCCGGGCCUUAAAUACACGCAUAAUCAACUUCUCUUUAUUGCAUUUGCUCAGAACUGGUGUAUGAAGAGACGAUCACAAUCCAUAUACUUACAGCUGCUUACUGACAAACAUGCCCCAGAGCACUACAGGGUCAUUGGAAGUGUUUCGCAAUUUGAUGAAUUUGGAAGGGUAUUCCAUUGUCCUAAAAGAGCUCCAAUGAAUCCUGUUGAAAAGUGUUCAGUGUGGUGAUAUCAAAUUUGCAUAUUUUGAAAUAACGUUUUUUUUUAUUUAAUAAAAUGUGGCUAGCUCUAGUAUCUUGAUUGCAUUUUUAAUUUAAAUUAAAUUAAAUAAAUCUGACUAUUAAGAACAGCAAAAUAGGUACUUUUAUUAAUUACUUGCUAUGAAAAUCUUUGUGUAAGUAUUUCUUUUGUUCUGAUAACCUUCUGUUUCACAAUGCUUAGUUCUAAGUCGUAAACAUUUUUGAGAUCAAGAUGUUUUAUUCAUAUUUGCACUGUGCUUCCUACUUACCACAGUAAAAUUCUAUUUCAUUGUGUAUAAACUGUUACAAAUCAAGCAAUAUGUUUAGAUUGGUUGACUAUUUGUGCACUUUACUAAAGCUUAAAAGGUGU